AUGGAGAAGGCUGGAGCAGUGGAAUUGUUUGUUUCGUAUCAGGUUUACUGCGCAAGUUGGAAGCCCGCAUACGACAUUCGAGCAGUGACAACGGCCGAAGGUGAGCAGGAAAACUCGAUAAAGUUGUGCUACUACGGUCUCGUAGAGCAAAAUACUGGUGAUGACUGGAUCGACACUGAUAUGGUGCUAUCCACUGCAAGCCCUUCCAUUGGCGGUUGUGCGCCACAGUUAGCAACACUUUCCGCCAGUAUUCAUCGUUCAAAUAAAUUUCAACGUCAACGACACACGUCAGCCGCGAGACGUAAACCGAUGUACGAGGCCUCCGAGGAAGACAUGGGUUUCGGCUCUUUCGAUUGUAACGAAAUGGCAGACGCAGCAGCUCUGCAUCGAUACAACACAGCUCAGCUAAGCAGAAGCAGCGAAGAGAACAGCGUUUCUACACCGAGCGUGGAGAACUUAAUGUCAACUUGUUUUUCUGUUCCACGAGCGGUAACUAUCCCUAGUAAUGGUGUGGAACAUAAAGUAUUAGUGGUUAUGGUUGAUCUGACGUCCUCGUUUACGCAUGAAUGUGUGCCGUCCCGGUGCGCUUCCGCCUUCCUUUCAGCUGUAGUGACCAACACUACAACCUUCCCUCUUCCUCCAGGAGAUGCAGCCGUUUACCUGAACAGUGGAUUUGUGGCCAAAACUCAUCUUCGAUCGGUGCCACCUGGUGAAGAAUUUCGAUGUUCAUUAGGAGUGGAUCCCUCAAUAAAAGUCGAUUACAAAACACCUACCACAACUCACGAACAGGUGGGAUUCAUGUCGAAGAGCACUCUGAUCACUCAUGAACAAAUUGUCUCACUUAGAAACGCUAAAGUGACUCAGUCUGUGCAGAUCACUGUUAGGGAGCAGAUACCCAAGUCUACGGACGAAAAAAUAAAGAUAUGUGUUGUUUCACCCGAUGUUCGAGGAAAGCAAGGAGAAGCCAAACUCAACAAGGAUCACAAUUUGGAGUGGCCGGUUGUGUUAGCUCCUGGUCAGCAUACUGAUCUGUCAAUCAAGUACACCAUCGAGCAUCCAGCCAGUGAAUCGGUCUCAUUCAAACUUACUCCGUAG